AUGCCUUUAUCAAAUCUCUCUCCCCUGUUAACAACAUUUCUACUGCUUAUCGCCACCACCUCCACCUCCACCUCCACCGUCUCUCUCUCCUUCAAAGAAGCACCUAAAUUCUAUAACUCACCCACCUGUCUUCCCGCCAUUCAUAUCUGCUCCGAUAAUGCAGUUCACGUCGCCAUGACUCUUGAUUCCGCCUACCUCCGAGGAUCCAUGGCGGCCAUCCUUUCCGUCCUCCAACACUCUUCUUGCCCAGAAAACAUCCGUUUCCAUUUCGUCGCCUCCGCCUCCGCCCACACCGACAACAUCCAGCUCAUGAUCAGCACCUCCUUCCCGUACCUCCGCUUCCACGUCUACAGAUUCGACGACUCCGCCGUCUUGGGUCUUAUCUCCACCUCCAUUCGUUCCGCCCUCGACUGCCCACUCAACUACGCUCGCAACUACCUAGCCGACCUCCUCCCGGUUUGUGUCAAAAAAGUGGUCUACCUCGACUCCGACCUCGUACUGGUCGACGACAUUGCUAAGCUCGCCGCCACGCCCUUCGGAGACGACAACGACCGGAAAGUUCUCGCGGCGCCGGAAUAUUGCAACGCCAACUUCACCUCUUACUUCACUCCGACGUUCUGGUCAAACCCAUCUCUCUCCGUCACCUUCUCCGACCGCCACGCAUGUUACUUCAACACCGGAGUGAUGGUGAUCGAUCUCGAAAGAUGGCGCGAAGGAGAUUACACAACAAAGAUUAUAGAAUGGAUGGAGCUUCAGAAAAGAAUGAGGAUAUACGAGCUGGGAUCACUUCCUCCUUUCCUACUAGUGUUCGCCGGAAAAAUAGCUCCGGUGGAUCACCGAUGGAACCAGCAUGGGUUAGGAGGAGACAAUUUUGAAGGUCUUUGCCGGGAUUUACAUCCGGGACCGGUAAGCCUUCUUCAUUGGAGUGGAAAAGGGAAACCAUGGGUUAGAUUAGAUGGAAAUCGAGCUUGCCCAUUGGAUACACUUUGGGCUCCAUAUGAUCUCCUCCAAACUCCAAAUUUUCUUGAAUCUUGAAAAUUUUCAACCAUUUUCCCCAAAUCAUAAUUCCAUACCAUACCACCACCAUACCCGGUAAUCAGGGUCGGGUUGAUAUGAGACCGAUCUGUUUUCAUGAGAUCAAAUUUUUUAACUUGAAACUUCACAACAAAAAUACUGUGACGGUAAAAGAAAAUCCAAACAUCCACAACGAAGACACUGUAAAAAUUACUUUUACGGUGUUUUACUGUGAAGUUUGAAGUGUAAAAAAAUGCUCUCAUGAGUCUCAUGAAAAGAAGUUGGUAGACCAAGUCCCCAUCAAUAUAUAUACACAUAUAUUUACUCACGAUUACCACCUAUUUUCUGUUUGAUGAUUCUAAUUAACCGGUCGAAGAUCAUCAAGAUAAUAUUCUAAUCAUCGGUAUGUUCUCUGGGGAAGACAUGUUGCAUGUAUAUUAUAUAUAAUAUAUAUACACGUAUUAGUUUUGAAUCUUUUUUACUAGUAUAGUAUUGUAAAAAAAAACGAAGUUAAAUGUAAAAUAUAAUCUU